UUUCUGGAUUCUAAAAGACCUCCUCCUGUGAAAUCUCUUUGUUUAUCAGAACUUUUUAAUUUUCUCUUUCCCUUGAUUUUGUAACUAUAUGCUCUGUUCGUGCUGGUAUGGAGCUACUGAAGCUCUCCUCGGUAGUAUGUGCUCCUUAUGGCUUACCAUAUUGAGAUGACCAGUGAGGUUCACGUUUCCAGCAGUCAUUUCUGCCUGUUGAACUUCUUAAAAUAGAGUUAAAUAUGAAACUUAUUAGUGUGUGUUUUGUUCCCCUUGAAAUCAGUUGGUAUUUGUUAGCUCUUCUUGACUCUUUUGUCCUGUUGAAGCGUAAAUGAUGAGAUCCCAGUCCCUGUUUAAACAGUUAACUGCUUUGUUCUAAUCGAUGGUUAAGGCAUGUUGUUCUAUUUUGGUUUCAUUUUAUAUAAGCUGGCAGUGUCCAGCUUGAGCUAGCGAUUGAGUCGCGAGUUUGAAACCAGGGAAAGUUUUUAACUGCCAUCUUGAUUGAAUGCAUAAGUGUACAUUGUCAAAUUCUCGUUUAUGAAUCUGUGUCGAUCUGUGAAGGAGAUAGAUAAGUUAGUUUAACUUUGAUCGUUUGAUUGUUCUGGUGUGGAAUGAUAACAUGCUGAACGUGAUGAAGCUUGGCGACAUAGGCCUAAACGAUUUUAAGUGUUUUGUUCAUUUUGAGCUGUAAAAUUUACAUGUUGAACAGAGUUUUUUUUAGUUGCUGCAUGACCUCCCAGAUUUGUUGCUACAUACCAAUUUUCCUCUUCUUUGGUUGUAUUCUUCAUUAAGUUGUCUCUUCCAUCUGGUGAUCACUAAGGCACACACACUAGGAACUUGAGUUACAACGAUGGAAUGAAGAAAUUGGAUUGUUUUCGAUCCUAGUUACUGUCCAGACUUGUUUCUUUUCCCCCUAGUUUGAAGUCUCCUUUUGGGUAUUGGCAUAUGACUUGCUUGAGGAGUCCUUCUGCUUUGUUUAACUAAGUUUUAAAAUUCUUCUUUAGUGAUUCUUGUCAGCUCUCAUUUUUAAGUUUCUUGUAUGUAUUGGAGUUUCCUUAAGUAGAUACAUGAAAUGGUGAUACUACGACGCAAAUCCUUUAGCAUAACGUUAGCUGAAUCAUUCGCUUUUGGGUGUCCUCUGUUUGUAAUCAAGUUUAAUAUGUAUCUUGGCAUGCCAUUGUUUUGUCCAGGAUUUAUUCUUUGUCCCUGAUUCAUUGAGAAAAUCCCUGGUCCAUUUAGAAAAUUACGAUAAUUUCAUUCUUAUGUUUAAGUACGAAGUUGGUUAAUGGAUGCAGAUAUGUGGAUGCUACCGUAUGAGUUCAUUUUCUGGUAAUCAUUUUAAAAUCAGAGACUCCACUGGUUUAGACCCAUGAUUAAACUAUCACAAAUGCAGGACCCUGACUGCAAUACUGAUCAAGGCGUAGAUGGAGAGAAGGAAUGCGAGAGCUCUACCGAAGAUAACAAGUUGAUCGAUAUUGCAAACACACCUGCCAAGGUAGGUAUACCUAAUGCCGCAACAGUGGUUGAAGAAGAUCCGAAUGCACAAUUGUCUGGAAAUAAGAUCAAAAGAGUAUUUAAGAAGAAGAAAACAUAAUAAGGUGUUUGCAUAUGUAACAGUUGGAGAAACCAAAAACGGUCUUAUAAGUUAGUUUAGUAGUUUUAUUAGUUAUGAACAAGAUAUUUGUAUCAUUUCAUGUUUUUCCUGCUACUAAACUUUUCCGAUUUA